UCUCUUAACUUUCUUCUUUCUUUGUCCCCAUAACUUUCUCUCUACUUCUUGUUCUUAUUCUUCAAAGAUGUCAAGCAACCGAGCCUUUGCACGCUGUGAAGUAUGGCAGGAAGGCAGCGAACUCGCCGACGACAGUUCCUCGACGAAACCCGAGUUCUUGAUUGAUAUGUAUGCUCAAUUUUCAAGGUACCCUCUAAGCUUCAAGGAGCAAUGCCACGUUCUAACCGAGAGCAAAACAUCCUGGUCUGUAAUAUCCAACAUGCUUUCGCAGGCGUCAGUUCCCUACCAAGUUCAGCCGUCCAUGAUCCUGGCGAUUUCCACCCGCGCUCGUGAAAUCGCCCGUGAUCCUGAGAACAAGAACCGGAAGACUAUUCGGAUGGUAGUGCAACUAACAGUUGAACAAGAACAGUUGUCGGAGGACCACGACCAAACGUUUGUGCCGCGGACAAAAGGUACACCAAUUGAAGAGCUAGAGAGAGUCAAAAUCGAUGUCAGCGGGAAGCAAUGUGUUAUAUGUUUGGAAGAGAUGCAGCGUGGUUGUGAAUCGAUUCGCAUGCCUUGCUCGCAUGACUACCACGAGAGUUGCAUAACGAAUUGGCUGGAGACAAGUCACCUGUGCCCGCUGUGCCGGUUUGAGAUGCCCGCUGCAUCCUUGUGACAAUUUUUGUAGCUAGUUUUUAGAAAAUUCUUUGAAGAAUAAUGUGAUCAAACUCUUAUCGGAUUAUUAAUCGGCGGAUUAUGUUCUUGAUGUGUAUGGAAUUUUCCAUCACUGAGACAUGUAAUAUUCUUUUCUUGGUUCUUCUUUCUUUAUCUUUUUUUUAUGUACAAGUUGUUGGAGAAAGGUUUGGUAUCAAAUUUUCUGGCUGAGUUUUGGUACCAGCCAAUUUGGUGCAUGGAUUGGUUGGUACCCUUUCCCCUUGUUGGAUUGAC